ACCCUUUACAAACUCGAGUUGUGACCGUCAGCGCCCCGCUUGGUGCCGGCUGCGGUUCCUUUAGCAUUUUCCUUCUUCCUCCUCCCCCUUCUCAGAGUCCCUCUCCCAAUCUCGUUUCCCCUCCCCCUCUUCCUCUCGCUCGCUUUUUUCUCCGAAACCCACUCUAAUUGAGGCUCUGGGAUUCCUCACGUGAGACGUUGAUUUGUAGUUUGAACACGUGGCUCAUUCAAAAAGCCGGACACUCGGAGCGGAUUUUUUCCGCCUCCUGCGCCUUCCUCCCUCCCUCCUCCUCCUCCUCUCCCCUCCCUCCUGCCAGUCACCCUUCUGGGUUUUUUUAUGGGGAGGCGGCGCCUGCCUCACGUAGUGUGAUAUUUUCACAGUCCGCUGGCCGAAGCCAAAGGGGUUGGGAAGGAAGAGACAAAAAGUAGUUUUUUCCCCUCCUCCUCCUCCUUUCUCUUGCUAAUCCCGCCUCCUCCUAAGACUUAGGAAGACUGGUGGAUGCGUUUGGGUUGUAGCUAGGCUUUUUCUUUUCUUUCUCUUUUAAAACACAUCUAGACAAGGAAAAAACAAGCCUCGGAUCUGAUUUUUCGCUCCUCGUUCUUGUGCUUGGUUCUUACUGUGUUUGUGUAUUUUAAAGGCGAGAAGACGAGGGGAACAAAACCAGCUGGAUCCAUCCAUCACCGUGGGUGGUUUUAAUUUUUCGUUUUUCUCGUUAUUUUUUUUUAAACAACCACUCUUCACAAUGAACAAACUGUAUAUCGGAAACCUCAGCGAGAACGCCGCCCCCUCGGACCUAGAAAGUAUCUUCAAGGACGCCAAGAUCCCGGUGUCGGGACCCUUCCUGGUGAAGACUGGCUACGCGUUCGUGGACUGCCCGGACGAGAGCUGGGCCCUCAAGGCCAUCGAGGCGCUUUCAGGUAAAAUAGAACUGCACGGGAAACCCAUAGAAGUUGAGCACUCGGUCCCAAAAAGGCAAAGGAUUCGGAAACUUCAGAUACGAAAUAUCCCGCCUCAUUUACAGUGGGAGGUGCUGGAUAGUUUACUAGUCCAGUAUGGAGUGGUGGAGAGCUGUGAGCAAGUGAACACUGACUCGGAAACUGCAGUUGUAAAUGUAACCUAUUCCAGUAAGGACCAAGCUAGACAAGCACUAGACAAACUGAAUGGAUUUCAGUUAGAGAAUUUCACCUUGAAAGUAGCCUAUAUCCCUGAUGAAAUGGCCGCCCAGCAAAACCCCUUGCAGCAGCCCCGAGGUCGCCGGGGGCUUGGGCAGAGGGGCUCCUCAAGGCAGGGGUCUCCAGGAUCCGUAUCCAAGCAGAAACCAUGUGAUUUGCCUCUGCGCCUGCUGGUUCCCACUCAAUUUGUUGGAGCCAUCAUAGGAAAAGAAGGUGCCACCAUUCGGAACAUCACCAAACAGACCCAGUCUAAAAUCGAUGUCCACCGUAAAGAAAAUGCGGGGGCUGCUGAGAAGUCGAUUACUAUCCUCUCUACUCCUGAAGGCACCUCUGCGGCUUGUAAGUCUAUUCUGGAGAUUAUGCAUAAGGAAGCUCAAGAUAUAAAAUUCACAGAAGAGAUCCCCUUGAAGAUUUUAGCUCAUAAUAACUUUGUUGGCCGUCUUAUUGGUAAAGAAGGAAGAAAUCUUAAAAAAAUUGAGCAAGACACAGACACUAAAAUCACGAUAUCUCCAUUGCAGGAAUUGACGCUGUAUAAUCCAGAACGCACUAUUACAGUUAAAGGCAAUGUUGAGACAUGUGCCAAAGCUGAGGAGGAGAUCAUGAAGAAAAUCAGGGAGUCUUAUGAAAAUGAUAUUGCUUCUAUGAAUCUUCAAGCACAUUUAAUUCCUGGAUUAAAUCUGAACGCCUUGGGUCUGUUCCCACCCACUUCAGGGAUGCCACCUCCCACCUCAGGGCCCCCUUCAGCCAUGACUCCUCCCUACCCGCAGUUUGAGCAAUCAGAAACGGAGACUGUUCAUCUGUUUAUCCCAGCUCUAUCAGUCGGUGCCAUCAUCGGCAAGCAGGGCCAGCACAUCAAGCAGCUUUCUCGCUUUGCUGGAGCUUCAAUUAAGAUUGCUCCAGCGGAAGCACCAGAUGCUAAAGUGAGGAUGGUGAUUAUCACUGGACCACCAGAGGCUCAGUUCAAGGCUCAGGGAAGAAUUUAUGGAAAAAUUAAAGAAGAAAACUUUGUUAGUCCUAAAGAAGAGGUGAAACUUGAAGCUCAUAUCAGAGUGCCAUCCUUUGCUGCUGGCAGAGUUAUUGGAAAAGGAGGCAAAACGGUGAAUGAACUUCAGAAUUUGUCAAGUGCAGAAGUUGUUGUCCCUCGUGACCAGACACCUGAUGAGAAUGACCAAGUGGUUGUCAAAAUAACUGGUCACUUCUAUGCUUGCCAGGUUGCCCAGAGAAAAAUUCAGGAAAUUCUGACUCAGGUAAAGCAGCACCAACAACAGAAGGCUCUGCAAAGUGGACCACCUCAGUCAAGACGGAAGUAAAGGCUCAGGAAACAGCCCACCACAGAGGCAGAUGCCAAACCAAAGACAGAUUGCUUAACCAACAGAUGGGCGCUGACCCCCUAUCCAGAAUCACAUGCACAAGUUUUUACCUAGCCACUUGUUUCUGAGGACCAGGCAACUUUUGAACUCCUGUCUCUGUGAGAAUGUAUACUUUAUGCUCUCUGAAAUGUAUGACACCCAGCUUUAAAACAAACAAACAAAAAAAGGGUGGGGGAGGGAGGGAAAGAGAAGAGCUCUGCACUUCCCUUUGUUGUAGUCUCACAGUAUAACAGAUAUUCUAAUUCUUCUUAAUAUUCCCCCAUAAUGCCAGAAAUUGGCUUAAUGAUGCUUUCACUAAAUUCAUCAAAUAGAUUGCUCCUAAAUCCAAUUGUUAAAAUUGGAUCAGAAUAAUUAUCACAGGAACUUAAAUGUUAAGCCAUUAGCAUAGAAAAACUGUUCUCAGUUUUAUUUUUACCUAACACUAACAUGAGUAACCUAAGGGAAGUGCUGAAUGGUGUUGGCAGGGGUAUUAAACGUGCAUUUUUACUCAACUACCUCAGGUAUUCAGUAAUACAAUGAAAAGCAAAAUUGUUCCUUUUUUUUGAAAAUUUUAUAUACUUUAUAAUGAUAGAAGUCCAACCGUUUUUUAAAAAGUAAAUUUAAAAUUUAACAGCAAUCAGCUAACAGGCAAAUUAAGAUUUUUACUUCUGGCUGGUGACAGUAAAGCUGGAAAAUUAAUUUCAGGGUUUUUUGAGGCUUUUGACACAGUUAUUAGUUAAAUCAAAUGUUCAAAAAUAUGGAGCAGUGCCUAAUAUCUGGAGAGCAGCACUACCAUUUAUUCUUUCAUUUAUAGUUGGGAAAGUUUUUGACGGUACUAACAAAGUGGUCACAGGAGAUUUUGGAACGGCUGGUUUAAAUGGCUUCAGGAGACUUCAGUUUUUUGUUUAGCUACAUGAUUGAAUGCAUAAUAAAUGCUUUGUGCUUUUGACUAUCAAUACCUAAAGAAAGUGCAUCAAUGAAGAGAUGCAGGACUUUCAACUGACUGGCAAAAAGCAAGCUUUAGCUUGUCUUACAGGAUGCUUAGUUUGCCACUACACUUCAGACCAAUGGGACAGUCAUAGAUGGUGUGACAGUGUUUAAACGCAACAAAAGGCUACAUUUCCAUGGGGCCAGCAUUGUCAUGAGCCUCACUAAGCUAUUUUGAAGAUUUUUAAGCACUGAUAAAUUUAAAAAAAAAAAUUAGACUCCACCUUAAGUAGUAAAGUAUAACAGGAUUUCUGUAUACUGUGCAAUCAGUUCUUUGAAAAAAAAGUCAAAAGAUAGAGAAUACAAGAAAAGUUUUUGGGAUAUAAUUUGAAUGACUGUGAAAACAUAUGACCUUUGAUAACGAACUCAUUUGCUCACUCCUUGACAGCAAAGCCCAGUAUGUACAAUUGUGUUGGGUGUGGGUGGUCUCCAAGGCCACGCUGCUCUCUGAAUUGAUUUUGAGUUUUGUUUGUGAGAUGAUCACAGUCAUGUUACACUGAUCUAAAGGACAUAUAUAUAACCCUUUAAAAAAAAUCACUGCCUCAUUCUUAUUUCAAGAUGAAUUUCUAUACAGACUAGAUGUUUUUCUGAAGAUCAAUUAGACAUUUUGAAAAUGAUUUAAAGCGUUUUCCUUAAUGUUCUCUGAAAACAAGUUUCUUUUGUAGUUUUAACCAAAAAAGUGCCCUUUUUGUCACUGGAUUCUCCUAGCAUUCAUGAUUUUUUUUUCAUACAAUGAAUUAAAAUUGCUAAAAUCAUGGACUGGCUUUCUGGUUGGAUUUCAGGUAAGAUGUGUUUAAGGCCAGAGCUUUUCUCAAUAUUUGAUUUUUUUCCCCAAUAUUUGAUUUUUUAAAAAUAUACACAUAGGUGCUGCAUUUAUAUCUGCUGGUUUAAAUUCUGUCAUAUUUCACUUCUAGCCUUUUAGUAUGGCAAAUCAUAUUUUACUUUUACUUAAGCAUUUGUAAUUUGGAGUAUCUGGUACUAGCUAAGAAAUAAUUCUAUAAUUGAGUUUUGUACUCACCAUAUAUGGAUCAUUCCUCAUGUAUAAUGUGCCCCAAAUGCAGCUUCAUUUUCCAGAUACCUUGACGCAGAAUAAAUUUUUUCAUCAUUUAGGUGCA